AUGGCUUCUUCUAGUCAAAGUAUAGAAAGUCUCAACAAUUAUGUAAAAAGAUGUUCUCAUUGUGACAAGUCCAAAAUUAUUGAUAAUUUUAUUUGGCAAAACAAAGAACAUCUAAAGGAAUUUUCUCAUUAUAAUAUCUGUACAACUAAAAAAAAAAGAAAAUCAGUAAAUAUUGAGAGUGAAGAAACCACGUAUUCAGAAAGUAUAAACCUAGUAAAUAUUCUUGAUAAUGAUAAUAUAGAAGAAAUAAUUGCUUAUGAUAAUAAUGUUUUAUAUGAUUUAGUAAAUUUAGAAAGUGUAAUUGUAAGUUGUUUUAUAGACAUUGAAGAAGUACAUUUUUUAAAAACUUUUAGAUUAGAAGAUGAAUUAGUUAAUGAUAUAUUAAGUAAUGAUGAUGAAGAAAAUAAAUAUCUCAAUAUAGUCUUACCUUUUCUUUUAUUAAUUAAAAUAGGAUCUUAUUUUUACUAA